UACAUGGAACCCCCAAAGCUUCUUUCUUUGCUUCCUCAUCAGUCUUCUCUCACUACCGUUUCUCUGCAAUUUGGUUUCUUUAGGGGGUUUUCUCAGUGAAUUUUUUUUUAUUUUACCAAAAUACCCUUACACAAAUGUUAAAACCCAGAUUGAAUUGCUCAUAGUUUGGUCAAUCUUUAAAGCCUAAAGACUUUGUAGAGGAAGCUUUUUUCAAGCUAAAGGACAUAUGAUCAUUGUUUCUUUUGCUCGUAUUGAGUGGAGACAAUGAUUCUAACAAAGCAGUACCGUUGCAUACACUCAUCUAGUUGUCAAUGCAUAAAAGGUCAUCUCAGUGAAGAUGUGAUUUUCCUAGUGUUUCAACAUCUGAAUUGGAAUCCUAAGUUGAUUGCCUCUCUUUCAUGCGUAUGUAAAUGGUUUGAUGAUCUUGCCAAAAGAGUACUAUGGAAGGAAUUCUGUAAAACAAGGGCCCCAAAGAUGAUGCUUGAUCUGCAGUCUAGUGGAAGUCACAGUGUUGAUGGGAACUGGAGAGCACUUGGAAAGCUGCUUAUUUAUUGUUCAGGAUGUAGCGGUGGUGGCUUGUUCAAUAACAUUCAAAUCCCUGGCCAUUUUGUUCACAGGACCAGGUUCUCUAGGACCUCAGGCAAGAGCUUCCUUUUACCACAAUGCAGAACAGAUGUUUUAUAUGUGUCUGACCCUUGUGAACACCUUGACCAAGGGGAGGAGGGCGAUGUAGGAUUUUUCCGAGGAGUUUUCAAGUCAUUCUUUGUUUCAAAGGUUCGGAAGAUGUUGAUUGACAGGGGUGCCCAGCUUCAUCCAACAGCAGUGUGCCCUUAUUGUAAGGCAAAGUUGUGGAACAUGCUGAAAGCUAAAAUGGUACCACAGAGUGCAAGCUGUAGAUUGGGAGCUUAUGAGGAUUGCAUUGAGUAUUAUGUCUGCCUCAAUGGACAUUUGCUUGGCAUCUGCACCCUUUUACCCUUGUCUGAUUCUGAAGAGGCAUCUGAACCAGAGUGAUAUUUUGAAUGCAAACCAGUUUGUUCAUCGUCUCAUGUGGAUUUAUCUCCUGUUAGAUCAGAUAUAGAUAGGGUUGAGACAAGAUGGGCUGUACCAACUUUGUCUCAGGACCUGAAAUCAAACAUCAUAACUUGGCCUCUUCUCUCUGGUGUUUUGCUGCUUUGUCUAGCCCUCACGAAGUGAUUUCUAGAAGGGUUAGAAGCUAUUGUUAACCAUUUGCUUUUCUUUUUUUGGUACUUGAGGUUGCCAGGAUUCUAGUCCUAGUUACAGAACUAAGAGUCCAACAACAUCCAUUGGAUAACAGUGGUUGUUGUGAACAUGUAAUACAGUGUACUUUGUACAUUUAUGUAUGGCUCAUAUGUGUUUGAAUAGCUGAUUGUUAUCUUCAGUAAUUCAUGAAGUUGUUUAGGUAAUUCAUUCAUUUCUUUGUUAACUUGCUUUUCAAAAGAAAUUCAUCUUCGAAUCCAAUUUGCUCAGCAGUUCAUUGUCCCAGUUACAUUUAUUCAUUAUGUUGUGCAUUCUCUUUUGCCUAAAUGCUAGUUGUAUUCAAGUUAAUUUCAAAUUGACUCAUUAAGAUCUCCUAUGAAACUUGUGUUUACUUGAUCACCUGUGCUAUAAUUGGGAUAAAACUAUAUAUAGGCAUGGUUACUGCCAACGGUCAUUGGUAUCAUUUCAGAAUAGUCAUGAUUACCCAUGUAAAUACCAUCAAUUUUCUAUACUGUCCUCAUUCUCUGGGAGUAAAUACCCAUCGAUCUUACCUCAACCUUUGAUAAUCUGUC